UAGCCGGAUAAGUAGUGAGGUCCAGGUGGGACAUGCGGGGGUACAAGUUACGAGUGGUGCCGGGCAGCGGCAAUGAUUAUUUAUGUAUAAAUAUUUAACAUUCUGUUUUCGACUUUUAAGUAAUAAUACCAGCUCUUCGUGCGACGGGGCGUGCGAUGCAAAGCCUUAAAGACUCGCUGCUUCCGCAACCUCCUUCUUUCUCAAAGAAAAAGUUCUAUGAGAUACACCAAGUUCUCGGCAAGGGGUCUUUUGGACAGGUGAUGCAUGCAACAUGGCACGUACCUCCAGGACAGAUACCAAUAGCCCGCCGAGGUGCAGCGGUUGCCUUAUCCCCCGACGUACACAAACCACCUUCGCGUACAAGUACUUUCUCCAGUACAUCUGCAGCGUCCAGCCAGUCGACGUCCAGUCAAGCAAAUAACUCAAAGAAGACUCGUACAGAUGACGAAAUAACAGUUGAGGUGGCCUUGAAGGUUAUUCCAAAGAAGAAGGUGAAGGGAAACGAGAGUAGCGUUUGGGGAGAGAUGGAAGUUCUGAAGGGUCUCGAUCAUCCUAAUAUUGUCAAAUUUUAUGAAUGGUUUGAAUCUCGAUCUAAAUAUUACCUUGCUUUCGAACUUGCCAUUGGUGGCGAGCUGUUUGAACGUAUAACACAAAGAGGGAAAUUUACUGAGUCUGACGCAGUAGUCGUCGUGAGGUCUAUUCUCUCUGGUGUGAAGUACUUACAUGACCACGACAUCGUACAUCGUGAUCUCAAACCAGAAAACAUCCUCUACCGGACUAAGGAUGCCGACUCUGACAUCGUCAUUGCGGACUUUGGCAUCGCAAAGCAUUUGCAUUCCCCCGAUGAGCAACUACAUUCGCUUGCCGGAAGUUUUGGCUACGUUGCGCCUGAAGUGUUGAACAAAAAAGGGCACGGAAAGGCCGUCGACGUCUGGUCAACGGGUAUCAUAACUUACGUUCUCCUCUGUGGCUACUCCCCGUUUCGAUCGGAGGAUAUGAAAGAACUCAUUCGGGAGACCACAGACGCCAAUAUCGAGUUUCAUGAGCGGUAUUGGAAGAACAUUUCUUCCGAGGCGAAGUCCUUCAUCAAAUAUCUGCUCAGUUCAAACCCUGCUGAACGACCAUCGGCAGAAGAGGCAUUGAAUCAUACAUGGUUGACAACAUCCGAUGCGUCACACGAAUACGACUUGACUGGACUCCGAGACAAUUUCAAUCCACGGGCCCGAUGGCGUGCCGCUAUUGCAGGUGCCCGUGCACUUCAUCGGUUUGGUUCGUCGAAGUCAUUCAGUAGCAAUGCCACCAAGAGUAGCGGUGGCUGGAAGACCUCUACGGGUGAAGAUAGCGAUGAUGAUGACGAUGACGAGUCUGAUGAGGGCGGACUCCGCCCCUCGCUAUCAAAGCCGGUGUCUCCAGGUCAUAACGAACACGUCCAAAUCACCGCUCCAGAAGAGGACUCAGGUCCACCUUCAGCGCGGUCUUCCACUGUUUCUCCCAACUCUAAACCUUCCGGUGAUGAUCAUAAUGAAGACCACCACACUUACGUUGCAAGCGAACAAGGCCCAACAAACGAGGAACAGUUAGAACCCGCCAAAGAUAGCAGUCUGGCAGACGAAGAAGCGUACGACUCCGAUGGAAGUCUAGCGAUCCCAGGAUCCUUCAGUACUCGAGGCACAUCUAAUAAGCCAUCGGCCGCAGAUGAAGGUGAUAGUGGCGGUGGUGGUCAUCAUCACGAAAGCUGGUCCGCUCAUGCUUCGCAUCUUCUGAAGAAGUUACACUUAUAGGGCUUAUCACUGUGGACUUUGGUUGCUCUUGGCUGGUCCUGCGCUACCUUUAUAUUAGCUUAUAUCUAUAGGGAAUUGUACAUUAUACAUGACAAUGGUGUGGAUAUCGGAAUGUAUAUGUAUUAUAUAUAUUCACUGCGAUCGGCUACUGUCAAAGUCAGCACAC